AUGGCAGCAAUAGAAAAUUUGAGAAGAGAUGGAGGAGGAGGGCACGUUUUUGGUCCCAAUGGCCUACGGUUAAGUGGUGAAGAAGAAGAGGAGGAAGACUCACCUGAGGUUUUACUGAGUGUUUUGGUCCAGCAUGGACAGCUGGGUCUUUGUUUUUAUGAUGGUAAAGACUCCUCUUUACACUACAUGGUAGACACUCCUGACAACCAUGAGCUCCGCCUGCUGGCCAGAGUUAUCCAGGAGGUGUGUCCCCAUGUGAUUGUUACUAGUGCAAAGCAGGAGCGCUGCAUGACCAACUUCCUGCAACAAUUGGGUUCAAACCCUGACUACAAACCAGAGGUGGUUACUUAUCCAUAUGUUGACUUUGGUCUGGAGGUUGGUAAGCAAAGGCUACUUGCUGCCCAUCUGCCUUUCCUUCCUGCCUCCAUUUCAGAGAAAGACAAAAUGUCGUACCUCUCCUCCUGUAUCUCCUUUGACUCACCCCUGAUGCUGAGGGCAGUGGGUGCACUGCUAAAAUGUCUGGACAGGAGGAGAGUGGGAGUAGAGCUGGAAGACAGCAGUGUUGGAGUUCCUGUUCUACAGUUUCACGCCUACACACUUAGAGGUGUGGUGUGUAUUGAUCAAGACACGUACAGUGUGCUGCAGAUAUUCAAAUCAGAACUUCACCCAUCAGUGUACAAGCUGCACUCAGGUGAAAAAGAAGGACUUAGUCUUUAUGGAAUACUGAACCGCUGCAGGUGCAAGUUUGGCUCCAAACUGCUUCGACAGUGGUUUCUGCGGCCAACACUGGACCUGGCCGUGUUACAAAGGAGACAGGAAGUGAUACGUUUCUUCACAUCACCUCGAAACUCAGACUCCCUGAACACUCUGCAGUCCUCGCUACGCAACAUCAGAAACAUCCCAACUCUUCUCCGCAGGAUGUCUCUCUCUCACACCAAAGUUACUGACUGGCAGAGUCUCUACAAGACAGUGUACAGUGCAGUGUGUAUUCGAGACACGGUGCGUCACCUGUCUCAGUCCAUUCAGCUCUUUCGUGACAUCAGUGAAGGGUUCUCUGAUGACCUCCACUACAUCGCCUCUCUUAUCAGCCGCAUUGUGGACUUUGAAACCAGCAUAGCCGAGAGACGCUUCACCAUCAAACCAAAUGUGGAUCCUGCCAUUGAUGAGAAGAAGAGGAGGAUGAUGGGGUUGUCCGACUUCCUGACAGACGUUGCCAGGAAAGAGCUGGAGCACCUGGAUGCUCGCAUCCCCUCCUGCUGUGUCAUCUACAUCCCUCUGAUUGGAUUCCUGCUCUCUGUCCCUCGGCUGCCCAGUAUGGUGGAGAAAGAGGAUUUUGAGAUAGAAGGGCUUGAUUUUAUGGUCUGUUUCCUGUCCGAGGAUCGUCUGCACUACCGCAGCCAGAGAACCAAGGAGCUGGACGACCUCUUAGGGGACUUGCACUGUGACAUUAGAGACAUGGAGACAGCGGUCAUGACUCAGUUACAGAAUGCAAUCCUGGAGAGGAGCGCCUCCCUCUACAAGAUUCUGGAUCUCACUGCUGAGUUAGACUGUCUGAUGGCUAUGAGCAGCGCCUCCCAGGAGUACGGCUACACCUCACCCAGACUAGCCAGCCACAGGAAGAUAACAAUCACACAGGGCAGACAUCCGCUGUUAGAGCUGUGCUCUCCGGUGUUUGUGGCCAACUCUUUCCAGAGCUCUGAGAUGCAAGGCAGAGUGAAGGUGAUCACUGGACCCAACUCAUCUGGAAAGAGUAUCUACCUGAAACAGGUGGGUCUGAUUAUUUUUAUGGCUUUGAUUGGCUCCGACGUGCCGGCAAAGGAGGCAGAGAUCGGUGUGGUGGAUGGCAUCUUCACCCGCAUGCAGAGCAGAGAGUCGGUGUCUGUGGGCCUCAGCACCUUCAUGAUAGACCUCAACCAGAUGGCCAAGGCUCUCAACAGCAGUACUGGCAACUCAUUAAUUCUCAUCGAUGAAUUUGGAAAAGGAACUAACACUGUCGAUGGGCUCUCCCUGCUGGCUGCAUCGAUCUCUCAUUGGCUGAUAAAAGCUCCUGCAGAUGUCCCUCAUGUCCUCCUGGCUACUAAUUUCCACAGUUUGCUGCAGCUAGGCCUGCUUCCCUCCUCUGGCCUACUGUCUCUGCUGACUCUAGAGACAGCAGUGGAUGCGGAUGAGUUGGUGUUUCUGUACCAACUGAAGGAAGGGAUCUGCCAGUCUAGCUAUGCUGCCAACAUCGCUACCCUGGCAGGUCUGCCAACCAGCCUUGUACAGAGAGGAGUGGAGGUGUCUGAACUCUACAGGACAGGAAGACCCAUCAAACGUAUUGACAAAGCAUCAUCAGAUGAGCAGGCUAACAGGUGCAGGUCCCUGGUGGAGAAGUUCUUGAGCCUGGACCUGGAGGACAAAGAUUUGGACCUGCAGCGCUUCAUGAAAGAGGACCUUCUGCCCUCUGCUGGGGAGCUGCUCAAUCACAGCUGA